CUUUUCUAGGCCGGAGUCGAGGAUAAAAUUAAUGUCCGUCUUCAAAUGUGUAUAAAAACACUGGAUGAGUUGAUAGCUGCUGGGGAAGCUGGCACCUAUGACUUUGUGUUCAUCGAUGCGGAUAAACGGAACUAUGACAGAUAUUACGAGAAGUCUCUUGAGCUUGUGAGACAAGGGGGCAUCAUUGCCAUCGAUAAUGUACUCUGGAGUGGUAAAGUGGUGGACCCUGCUCCUGAUGACCUGACCUCCCAGGCUCUGGACAAGCUCAACAAGAAACUCCACACGGACCAGAGGAUCGAUCUGAGCAUGCUCACUGUGGGCGACGGACUCACCCUGGCCAUCAAACGCUAACGAUAACCCAUGCUAACUCAUACUAACCUCUGAUGACAAAUGCUUAACCCAUGCUUACUCCAAACCCACUGUGAUUUAUUUGGGAUUUAUUUGAGAUGUGGUAAACAUGAAGGGCUGGAAUAAAUAGAUGCUAUUUUCAACAAGUA